CCUCCCUCCGAGUUCAUGCAGGUGGCGGAUUCGACUUGGCUGGUGCUCAGCGUCGUCUCCAACGGCCGGGCACCCUCCGGCUGCCAGGCCACCGGCGUCACCAAGAUCGCCAGGUCGGUCAUCGCACCGCUGGCCGAGCACCACGUCUCGGUGCUGAUGCUCUCCACCUACCAGACCGACUUCAUCCUGGUGCGGGAGCGGGACCUGCCGGUGGUGAUCCACACUCUGGCCGGGGAGUUCGACAUCUACAAGGAGGAGAGCGGCGAGUGCGUCCCCGUCCCCUGCGAUGAUGUGAGCAACGGCUUCCUCAAGCCCAAGCCGGCCGCCAGCCCCACGCUGCACCCGGUGCAGAGCCCCCAGACCCGCUUCUGCGUCCUGACCGUGGCCCCCGACACGCUGCCCGCCAUCGCCACCAUGCUCAUCGACGUCCUCUUCUACUCCCACAGCCCCCCGAGGGAGGCUGGCGCCGGCAGCCAGGACCUCGACUCCAUCACCUUCUUCGCCUUCUCCCUCAUCGAGGGCUACAUCUCCAUCGUGAUGGAUGCCGAAAC